CUUUAGAAAUAAGUGACUGCAAUAUUUUAUAUUGUAAAUACUGCAUUCACCAGCAAAAAUGCAAACAAAUACUGCACUAACUUUUAAAUCUUGUUAAAAAAAACUUUUAAAUCUUGGUGUAAAUUAACGGUACGUUUUGUUCGCCUCUCUAUACCUUUUAAUAAAUUGAAACUAGGUCAAAAUGAUGUAAUUAAGUAACGAUGUUUUUCCUCUUUGUCUGUAGAAAAACGAGAAGUAGUUUCUCUCUCUCUCUAGGCUAAUACUCCUAAAAUCCCUUAGUUUAAGCAGUGACUUCACUUCCAAAACAAUUAUCUCUUUCGCUCACUCUCUUUAGUUCCUUCUUCUUUAUUCGAAGUCUUUCGCUUUACAAAACCAUAAUAAAAUUUUAAUACUUCUCAAUCUCCCUAUAACUCUCAGAUCACUAUGGUCUAGAUACUUUUUUCCUGAAGACCAGUUUUAAUUUGUUUCUCCGAAGCAUAGUAAUUAAACGCAAGUUGCGCUGCUUUUCUGGUUGCGAGGAGAAAGAUCAAAUAAUGGAAGUUGCGAGUCAAGAAGAACAUGACAUGCCUAUUCCAAUUAACACUACUCAUGGUGGGCAUGGACACAUGAUACACCGUCAUCAUGAUCAUCGCCAUCAUAAUCCUGCCAAUUCUACUCAUCCAAACCAACUAAUGGUCCUCUCAAAUGGUAAUGGUUUUGGGCAAAACCAUGACGAUCCUGAUCACCACAAUGUGGGCUACAACAUCAUGAUCAGCAACAACAACAACAAGGAGAAGCAUGUGGUUAACAAGUACAAGGAAUGUUUGAAGAACCAUGCAGCUUCCACGGGAGGCCAUGCUAUUGAUGGUUGUGGAGAGUUUAUGCCAAGUGGUGAAGAAGGUUCCAUAGAAGCUCUCACUUGCUCAGCUUGUAACUGCCAUAGAAACUUUCAUAGAAGAGAAAUAGAAGGCGAAGAAAAAACUUUUUUUUCCCCUUACCACCACAACCAACCGCAGAGAAAACUCAUGUUCCAUGACCACCACAAGAUGACCAAAUCACCACUUCCACAGCAAAUGAUAAUGCCAAUUGGCGUUGCAAAUGCAGCUAUAUCAAACUCAGAGUCAGAGGAUCAUAUGGAGGAAGACUUACCAUUUCGGCAGCCACCACCGUACAAUCGCGGUGGACAUAAUCAAAAGAAGAGGUUUAGGACAAAGUUUACUCAGGAGCAGAAGGAGAAGAUGCUGAGUUUUGCGGAGAGGAUUGGUUGGAAGAUGCAGAGACAAGAGGAAUCUGUUGUUCAGAAGUUUUGUCAAGAGAUCGGAGUUAGGAGAAGAGUUCUUAAAGUCUGGAUUCAUAACAACAAACACAAUCUAUCCAAGAAGAGUAAUAAUAACAAUGUCGAGAUUUCUGCUGGUAACAACGACAUCAAUAAAGCUCUUACCGGAAAUCUUGCUCCUAGUUCUUAAUUAGUUUACGUUGGGAUUGUUAUUAUCUAUGUUUUCUUAAUGCAAGUACCUUAUGGUUAAUGUUUUAACUCUAUUGUUCGGUGUUAA